CUCACCCCCACAUUUACCCAGCUCAUCCUCGUCGUCACCUCUCCUCUCAUCUUCCGCAUCUCAUCCGCAUCCUCCGCUCAUUCCAUCUUGUCAUCCACGCGCUAAAUCAGCCGCGCUUCAGGUAGAUAUGCUGCCAACCUCGCCAAAAGUCUCCCAGAUACUUACCCCCGACUUGUGCCUUUGAAACAUAACGGCACGAACUGACAGCUGACCUCGAUGGCCACGAGACAGCUACGUGGUCGUUCCCGCACAUGACAUCAUGCCUUAGCGACGGAGCAGCCAGAGCAAAUCGAGAGCGGCCUAUAACUCCCCAUGCCCAAGAUAACGGGUCCCACGAAGGAUGCUCCGCUUCAUCGCUGCACCCCGGCUCACUGUCUCCGCCCCACUGCUCCCCACCCUCGCUCCCCGCCUCCGCUGCACGCCGCCCUCGCCAUUCUCCUCGCGCAGGCCUAUCUCAAGCACCCCGAUGAAUCCGCCUGGCAACGUACAAGGCAUCAUCGCGCCUAACACCGUCGCGGCGACAUUCCUGAUCCUGCGCGUGAAGGAUGCCGCCCAGGCCAAGGCUGUCGUGGCCAAAGUGCCCGACCUGACUAAAAACGUCGCGGUGCGCGACUCCACGGCCGCGCUCAACGUGACGGUCGGCAUCGGUGCCGGCGUGUGGGACGAAAUUACAGGCCUGCCGCGACCGAGCGAGCUUCGGCCAUUCAAGGAAAUCCGCGGGGCGAAACACACGGCGCCAAGCACGCCCGGCGACCUUCUCUUCCACGUCCGCGCCAACCGCCGCGACCUCAUCUUUGAGUUUGAGCGACAGGUGCUGGACCGGCUGGGCGGUGCCGUCGAGACCGUGGACGAGGUCAGCGGGUUUAGAUACUUUGACGGGCGCAAUCUGCUGGGCUUCAUCGACGGAACGGCGAACCCUGUGGGCGCGGACCUGCCGGACUCGUGUAUCGUCACGCGUGAGCAGUGUGCCGCCGGCGCCGGCGGCAGCUACCUCGUGACGCAGAAGUACCUGCACGAUCUGCAGGGGUGGGGACGGCUCAAGGUCGAGGAGCAGGAGAGUGUGAUAGGACGUACCAAAAUCGACAAUAUCGAGACGGAGGAUGCGACGGACGACGCGCAGAAGAGUCACCGGCAGCUGUCGACGAUCGACUACGAGGGCGCCGAGCUCGACAUCCUCCGCGACAAUAUGCCGUUCGGGCAGCCCGGCCGCGGCGAGUACGGGACCUUCUUCAUCGGCUACUCACGCCGCCUGUGGGUGACGGAGAAGAUGCUCGAGAACAUGUUCGUUGGGGUGCCGCCGGGAAAGCAUGACCGCAUGCUCGACUACUCCAAGGCGGUGACGGGCAAUGUGUUCUUCGUGCCCAGCGCCGAGAUGCUCGACAGCUUGGGCUAGUGUAGUGGGUGAAUGUAGGCGGCCGACAGCGCGAGCGAACGCAAUGCGCCGUCGGGCGGAGUAAUGUGAGGCGCACGGACCGCGCGUGUUGUUGUCUUGCGGCGGCAUGCGGUCUGAGAGCGUGCGACCCCUUGUGCCACUGUGCCACGGGGAUGCUUCAGUCGCGCGCACAAAGAGCA